GCGUGUUGACUACAUUUCCCAUGAUGCUCUCGGCAGUUCCACCCCGCGGAAGUUAAAACAUCCAAAAAGUUACUGAAAACCAACUCGGGCUGCAAAAACAGGACUGUGCAUCCUCCGGUCACUCAGCAGGCUGAUAGCAGAGGAGACACUUUAGACUGCUGUCCUGAACUGACUGGGCUCCGGCUAAUUCCUGCUUCACACACACACACAGACUCACAGGUAAGAUGGCGGAGAAGGUGCUGGUGGUUGGAGGUGGUGGACGGGAACACGCGCUGGCCUGGAAGCUGGCCCAGUCGGAGCAGAUUCAGCAGGUCCUGGUCGCCCCGGGCAACGCAGGGACGGCCGACUGUGGGAAGAUCAGCAACUCUGAGGUGUCUGUCAGUAACCACACCAUCUUGGCUCAGUUCUGCAAGGAUCACCAUGUGGGGCUUGUCGUGGUCGGCCCUGAGGUGCCGCUCGCAGCAGGUAUCGUAGACGACCUGACGGCGGCAGGAGUGCGAUGUUUCGGCCCGUCUGCCAAAGCAGCUCAGCUGGAGGCCAGCAAGAGCUACUCCAAGGCCUUCAUGGAGCGUCACGGCAUCCCAACGGCCCGCUACGGCUCCUUCACCGACGCCGAGGAGGCCUGCAAAUACAUCCGCACGGCCGACUUCCCAGCGCUGGUCGUGAAGGCCAGCGGGCUGGCGGCGGGGAAAGGAGUGAUCGUGGCGAAAGACCAGGACGAGGCCUGUCGGGCCGUGAUGGACAUCAUGAAGGACCGAGCGUUUGGAUGUGCAGGGGACACUGUGGUGGUUGAAGAACUCUUAGAGGGAGAGGAAGUGUCUUGUCUGUGCUUCAGCGAUGGUUCCUCUGUGUCUGCGAUGCCUCCGGCUCAGGAUCACAAGCGGCUGCAGGACGGCGACCUGGGGCCAAACACGGGUGGCAUGGGGGCCUACUGCCCCACCCCUCAGGUGAGCCAGGAGCUGCUGCAGCAGAUCAAAGAGACGGUGCUGCAGAAGACUGUGGAUGGGAUGAAGGAGGACGGAGCUCCUUAUGUGGGCGUGCUGUAUGCAGGUCUGAUGCUGACCAAUCAGGGGCUGAAGGUCCUCGAGUUCAACUGUCGCUUUGGAGACCCCGAGUGUCAGGUGCUGCUGCCGCUCCUGAAGAGCGACCUCUAUGACGUCAUCCUGAACACAAUGAAUGGAAAACUGGCCUCCAGCGCCCCCGUGUGGCACCAGGACAGCUCUGCAGUCACUGUGGUGAUGGCCAGUGAAGGAUACCCCGGCUCCUAUCAGAAAGGAGUGCAGAUCACAGGUUUGUCUCAGGUCCAGGACUCGGGCGUGCAGGUCUUCCAUGCCGGCACUGCCUUAAAGGAUGGAGGUGUGGUCUCCAGCGGAGGGCGGGUCCUGACUGUCACUGCCGUCAGCUCGUCUCUGGAGGCGGCCCUGCAAGCGGCCAAUCAGGGAGUGGCAGCCGUUGGCUUCCCGGGCGCCGUUUACCGCCGAGACAUCGGGCACCGAGCCAUCGCUCACCUGAACCAACACAGAGGUCUCACCUAUAAGGACAGCGGGGUGGACAUCGCCGCCGGCAACAAGCUGGUGGACAUGAUCAAGCCUCUGGCCAAGGCGACUUCUCGAGCCGGGUGUAAUGCAGAGCUUGGAGGCUUUGCUGGACUCUUUGACCUGAAGGCAGCCGGUUUUGUGGACCCGAUCCUCGUGUCAGGGACGGACGGAGUCGGAACCAAGCUGAAGAUCGCCCAGGCGUGUGGUCAGCAUGGAGGUCUAGGUCAGGACCUGGUGGCGAUGUGUGUGAACGACGUGCUGGCUCAGGGCGCCGAGCCGCUCUUCUUCCUCGACUACUUCUCCUGCGGACGACUAGAAGUGGACGUGGCCGCCUCGGUGGUCGGGGGCAUCGCAAAGGCCUGUGAGAUGGCCGGCUGUGCUCUGCUGGGCGGUGAGACAGCAGAGAUGCCGGGCGUCUACGCUGCAGGAGAGUAUGACCUGGCGGGGUUCUGCGUUGGAGCGGUGGAGCGGGGCUCCCUGUUGCCCCGGCUGGGGGACAUCACAGAGGGGGACGUGCUGAUUGGUGUGGCCUCCUCUGGGGUCCACAGCAACGGCUUCAGUCUGGUGCGUAAAGUCCUGGAGAGAGCCGGCCUCAGCUACAGCUCCCCUGCUCCUUUUGGGAAGCCGGGGCAGAGUGUGGGUGAGGUUUUGCUGACACCGACAAACAUCUACAGUCGUCUGCUGUUGCCCAUCCUCCGCAGCGGAGGCGUCAAAGCGUACGCCCACAUCACAGGGGGAGGACUGCUGGAGAACAUCCCUCGGGUGCUGCCGCCGGAGCUGGCUGUCGAUUUAGAUGCGUCUCGAUGGAGCGUCCCUGCUGUGUUUUCGUGGCUCCAUAAGGAGGGCGGUCUGAGCGAGGAGGAGAUGGCUCGCACCUUCAACUGCGGCCUGGGAGCGGUGCUGGUUGUGUCUGCUCUGGAUGCGCAGAAGGUGUUAGGUCAGAUUCAAGCACAGGAAGAGGCGUGGAUCGUGGGUUCACUGGCACAGAAGCAGCCCGGGGCAGAAGCUGUGGUGGUCCGCAACCUGAGGCACAGCCUGCUGACUGCAGGACCAGCGUGCAUCAGUGAGGCGGUUGUUGAGCAGAAUGGUGGUUGUCGUGGCGACAGCAGCAAGCCACAAAAGAGGACCAGAGUGGGAGUUCUUAUCUCUGGCAGUGGCACCAACCUGCAGGCGCUGAUAGAGCAGGCCAGACGUCCGUCCAGCUCUGCAGAGAUCGUGGUGGUCAUCUCUAACCGACCUGGAGUGCAGGGCCUGAAGAGAGCAUCACUGGCCGGCAUUCAGACUCGAGUCGUAGACCACAAACUGUACGGGAGCCGAGCUGAGUUUGACGGCACCAUCGAUCGUGUGCUGGAAGAAUUUGCGGUGGAGUUGGUGUGUCUCGCUGGAUUCAUGAGGAUCCUCACAGGAACGUUUGUCAAGAAGUGGAACGGGAAGUUACUGAACAUCCACCCGUCCCUGCUGCCCUCGUUCAAGGGAGUGAAUGCCCAGAAGCAGGCUCUGCAGGCUGGAGUGCGGGUUGCAGGCUGCACAGUGCAUUUUGUAGCAGAAGAGGUGGAUGCUGGGGCCAUCAUCGUGCAGGAGGCGGUGCUCGUGCAGGGCGGAGACACAGAGGAGAGUCUGUCAGACAGAAUCAGGGAGGCCGAGCACCGAGCGUUCCCUGCUGCUAUGGAGCUGGUGGCCAGCGGAGGAGUCGGGCUCGCAGAGGACGGACGCAUCGUGUGGAAGUCAAGUUAAAAUUCAGAACAUUAGCAUUAAAAUAAUGUUCAUUAAUCUGUCUCAUUUGUAGAGUGUUAAUUGUGUAAAAGUUGGUUUGAUAAUACAGAAAAGGUAGUACAGCAUGAAAUAGAUGAAUAACAAAAAAUGACAUGUAGACAUUAAAAACUCAACAGCUAUGUGAAGAUAUCAGUUUUUACUGUUUGAUUAGUGCAAAGAUGUGCUUUCAUUUUCAGAUUUCUAGUGUUACAUUUCCUCACAAACUAACAUGGAAGAAAAAGGAGCAUCAUGUGUAGAGAGAAAUGUUACUUGACAUAAAAACUACAUUCCAGUCAUGAGUUUUGAGAACUGGUAGUUGCAGUGGGAUGAAACUGUAAAUUUAGAAAACAAUCCGAGUGGUUGUGCAUGUCAUGCUGUCUAAAUGAUUUGUUGUUGUAACUCUGAAUGAGUGUGUUUAUCAUUUCUUUAUUAAAGCUGCUUUGAUGAAUGAAG